GGACGCGAAUCACGCUCGAAUCGAGGCGCAAUUAUCGUGGCCGCAAUUAUUUCGACGAUUCUGCCGGGGCUUAUCCAGCUGACCGUUCCACCCCAGCUCGCGGGACGGAAGGUUCGUUAACGAUUCGCGAACGAGAAUCGUUAUCGUUUAAUUAAGCACAUUUUCGACGCGUUCCACGCGCGGACUCGGUCCCUUCGUCUAACCAAUCGCGAGCGGUUCGAUUUUUUUUUUUCUUUUUUAAAUACCCCAGACCGAUCGGCGAAACGUUUCCCCUUCGUCGCGUUCACCUUCCAUCGAAGUCGAGCUUCACUUGCCCUCCUGUCCUCGAGACCCGGCUUCAAUUUCAUUUCGUACUCCUUCCUACGCUCCCUCGGCUCCCUCCUUUAGCCACCGUCUCUCACGGUUCGAGAUCAUAAUGCACGGGGGUGGGAAACGUCGAAUUUCCACGGGAACCAUAUGUCCGUGCACCUUUCAUCGGCAACACCAGUCUCCGCGUGGGAUGAGAAUAUUUAUUCCUAGAAAAAUAGAGAAUUCGGGCUGGGAAGAGCAGAUGGCCGAAAGUUCGAGCCAGGUAGCAGGGUGAAUCGAGUGGAAAGGCGCGAUCCUCGAGGAACGGACACCUGCUGCACCAAGGUGUCAUUCGACCGUCCAACAACCACCGGUCCUAGUCUUCUUCUAACAUCUACUCUUAGUUGCGAAUCGAUCAUUGUCCUAAGAAACUAUACCUACACCAUAGCGUACUUGAAUCCGACGCUUUUGUACUCAAACUUGUACCGUAAUCGCUAAACUUUGCCCGAAUGGAACUGUUCCCUAACCUCGUGUUUCUAGCGGUCGUGAAAGUUUAAAAAAUUGCGCGUGGGUCGAUAGCAGGUUUACCAGUGAAAAAGUUGAACGACAGACGGUUGCGCGAAGGUUUGGCAGUCCCAUGGGCCUAGCCCAGGACGGUAGGAACCACCUGCCGCAUAGGUCGGUGGGGGCAAGCUGUUCUCGGCUGCGUUUUACCUUUUCUAACCAACGCCUCUUCCCCUCGAACGUUUUACCCUUUGCUUCAACCGCGUCGUCUUCAUCAUGCCCUACCGUCCAUUCCCUCCAUCUUCUCCUCGUUCCGUCCUCUUUUUUUUUUUCUCUUCGUGCUACUUUGCUCCAUCUUCGUUUCUCCCAUUUUCGCGUUCGUUGGUGCAUUCGUCUUCCGUUCAGGCACUGCCACCUUCUCUUCCACCAUCACCAUCGCCACCACCACCGACACCAUCGUUGUACCUUAGCCUCGAACCGUCGAGCCUGCAUCGUAGCGACCGGUUGUACGCUGCGCUUACGCGCGCACAAGAACGUAGUGGGGGCUCGUAGCGAACAAGGGGAAACGGACGGUGGGGGGUAGCAGCGAUGCUAUGCGACCCCAAGCUCAGUCGUCGCGCGACCCUCGUGGAGUGUGUUGGCGUUAACUUUUUGGAUUAUUGGAAAUUUAAACUCCAAGGUGUCUUCGAUUCUUCAUCUUUCGUUCGAGUUUGAUCCUACCUCUUAACGACGUAGCGGUUUUCCAAACUAUUCCGGUCGCAUUCCCGACUUCCUUACUCCGCGUGCCUCUCUAUUUUUGCAUCGACGGCCGUUUUGCAAAAAAAGAACCACCGGGGAAAGUGACGGCGGAGAGAGAGGAACGUUUGGUAGACGGAUCCAGGGUCGACGCAGACUAGCAACAGAAAUAAUAAAAGUGUGCGAAACACAGGUGUAAAAGAAUCUCGCCCGAACAAAGAAGUAUCUUCGCUCUUUGCAACGUGGCAUUUUGAAAUCGCGCGCAAACGUUUCUUUCGAUUUUCGAAUUGUUUCCCCGUCCAAUUUCGUAGACGGUCGCUCGCGAUGGGAAUCACCGUGCGAGCCUCGAGGAACGGUUGAGAAAUCGACGCACACGAGUGCGAAGAAUCCGUGAGAUGGAGUGCUCAUUCGAGCCAGUGGAUCGCAGAACGACGCGCGUGGGUCUACCUUCCAGGUAGACUGUUGAAACGAGUCCGGUUGGAAUCGGAGAGGGGAAAAAAAAACGUCGAUUCGUAGGAUCGCAAAACCGAUGAAGCUAACGAUUCGGUUUCUACCAGCCUCGACGAAGGGAGAGAGAAAUAACAGUGACAGAAGGUGUGACAGUGGAAUAGGUGCGACGAAGCGAACAUCAAAAGAUGCGUGCAGUGUUUUCAGUGAGUUGGCGAGCGUGAUCGACGACGCGAUCGAUACGAUCGAUCCCGCGUGCUUCUCGAAAUCGCGCAUCGUCGUCGAUUCUCGGUGAAAGUCGGCGCAACGCGGAACUCUAUCCUUCGGCUCGAAUGGAGCCGAGCAAUUUGCGUCUCUCGUUGUUCAGCUGCAAUCAAACUUCUCGUGGAAUUCGUUUAAACGAUAGAAUGGAUAGGAUUCGAAUCGUUCGAUUGCCGAGCACGGCGAUCCUAGCCGUUUCGUUGCUGCUGUUGCAUCACGGUAAGUAUCUCCCUGGAAAAUUCGUCGAAAUUCAAAGAGCAGCGGCACAAGGGCGCGUCGAGGAGACGCAGAUGGACACGCACGAGGGGUCGACGGUACAGCUGCAGUGUCGAUUCUCCCCGCCGAGAGAGAACGUCACGUGUUUCUGGUUGACGCACACCAACGACAAUCACGACAACGCGGCCAUCGACAAUCUCGCGCUGUCGCCGCAGUACAAAGUGUUCAUGAACCUGGAGGAGGGCAGGUACGACCUGCAGAUACGGAACGUAUCCUACGAACGGGACAACGGGAAAUACGAGUGCCGAGUGAAGGCUAGCGGCACCGGGCACGACCUGCAUCGAAAGUUUAUCACCCUGACCGUGCUCCGUGCACCAGGGCCGCCGAGCAUCUCGCCGACUUCCGCGUCCGCCACCGAGGGACAGAAGCUCGAGUUGCAGUGCAACACUAACGGUGGAAGCCCAGAGCCGGAAGUAAGAUGGUACCGCGGCAACGAGACCAACAUCCUCUAUUCUGGCAGAACUUUACUGGUGGAGCCAAAGAAGGAAGACGACAGAGCCACCUUCCGAUGCGUGGUAAGAAAUCGUGCGAUGCGCGAUGGGGAAACUUUGAACGCCACGGUAACCCUAGACGUCAACUAUUUCCCUCGGGUCACCGUUGGUCCGGAGAACCCUUUGAAGGUGGAGGUGAACGGAACGGCGAAUCUGGAAUGUCGCGUGGAUUCGAAACCGGCCGUAGGCAUGGUAAGAUGGUGGCGCGACGGUAGCUUCGUGGCGACCAGUUUCCAACACACUAUCAGGAGGGUAACCGUUCAAGAUGCCGGUAAAUACACCUGUCAGGCAGACAACGGGUUGGGCAAAAGAGGCGAGAGUUCUCUCAUGUUGGACGUUCUCUAUCCGCCGACCGUUUCGAUUGAAGGCGAUUCUUUGAGGAUCGCCGAAGUGGAGGACACGGUGACAGUACAUUGCAACGUGACUGCGAAUCCUCCGCCAUCGGUGAUCGAGUGGCUGCGCGACGGUCGGCCGGAUUUCCGGCAAAUCGGCUCCAUUUUACGACUGAGUCGCGUCACCGCCGAUCAUGCCGGAAAUUAUACCUGUCGAGCGGUGAAUACGAUAUAUCCCUCUGGCGGCGAGAGAAGAAACUAUUCCGCCUCGGCACGACUCACCGUACGCGUCAGGCACAAACCCGGCCCGGCAAGGGUCACACCGGACUCACCGGUCGCCGUAGAAGGAUCCAGGGUCAUCCUUACCUGUAUGGCCAGUCCGGCUGGUUACCCAGAACCAAGGUACAAAUGGUGGAAGGAAGGAGAAUCUGGAAGCAUAUCCAUGCCUUCCGAGAACACAGGACCAAGAUACGAGAUCGACUCGGUUCACUUAGGUAGCGAGGGAACUUAUAAAUGCCAUGCCACCAACGAGAUUGGCAACGGUGAAGCCGCUUCCGUUAAUCUGACCGUGCAUCAACCCCCCAAGAUACUUACCAAGUUGCAACCACACGUUACCAGGAAGGUCGGCGAGUCUUCGUUUCAAGUAUCCUGCGUGGCGCAAGGCAAACCUCGGCCCAGCGUUAGAUGGUUGAAGGACGAUCAAGAGCUGACCGCGGACGAAAGGCUGUACAAAGUGACGACUAGCGCCUCGGAAGGACACGGGAACGUUAUCACCGUAAAUUCGACUCUAAGCUUCUUGGGUCACGCGAGACCGCAAACCGACGAGAUCGUUGCUAGCGAUCGUGGCAAGUAUACCUGCGUGUUCGUGAACGAGGUAAAAAAGGUCGAGUCGACGAUGAUGCUGAAGGUGGAACACGAGCCGAUCGCUCUGCAUCAGCACGGAAAGGUCGCGUACAAUCUACGAGAGACCGCCGAAGUAGCGUGUAAAGUUCAGGCCUGGCCCAAACCCGAAUUCCAAUGGAGCUUCGGCACAAACGCGGCCAGCCUCCAAGGUUCGUCCAGCGACGGCCAUUAUGAAAUUUCAACCAGCAGCGACAAUUACGACGUGUACACCUCUGUCCUGAGGAUAACAAACAUUCGUGAACUGGACUACGGAGAUUACAGCUGUAGAGCAGCAAACGCGCAGGGUAGCAUCACAUCGACCAUUAGAUUGCAACCAAAGGGCGCACCGGAGAGACCCAUCAAUAUCACGGCAAUGGACGUCGGUCCGACACACGUGGCUCUGCUCUGGGAACUCGGUUUCGACGGUGGACUACCCAUCACCAAGUACUUCGUGUCGUACAGAAGAGUACCCGGCGGAGAUGAGAUCGUGGCGCCAGACUGCGCCGUUCCUAGACCACCUGCUGGUCAGUGGCUCGAACUAGAUUGUCGUCGAUCUAAUCCCUGCAACGUGACCAAUUUGGAACAGCAUCAAACCUACACGUUCAAAGUGAAAGUGUACAACACAAAGAAUCAUUCGGAUUACUCGGACGAGGUAACAGCCACCACCGCUGUAGCGAAAAUCCCGACGCCAUUGAGAGUCAGCUACGAUCCCGAGAGCGGUAUGCUGGCCAUCAGCGUUGGCGCCACUUGCCUCUCGUUGGUCGCCUCGAUCGAGAAGUUCGACGGACCUGCCUCCUCCACCGACGAAUCCCAAUGGAGAAUCCUCGACGAGUGGCCACUCGAAGUACUCGGUAGCGCGCCCACGCAAAGGGAGGGUGUCUUAGACGACCUCGAAACUCUGGACGCCGAGCCGAGGAUCAGGGUUCGACUCUGCCUGAAGGCGGACCGACAAAAGUGCGGCGACUACGCCGAGGCUGAGAUCGGCCCGUCCUACAUCGCCCAAGCAGGCGCCCUCGCAACGCCCACCUUAAUCGCUCUGGUGGUCAGCGGAGCUGUCUUCUUACUAUUCGCUGCGCUUCUCUUGCUCUUUUGUCGAUGCCGUCGAAAACACGCGACCAAGGCCAAGGAUUACGAGAUGGACUCGAACGCAGUUCGACCGAGCCUGGUCGCUGGAAACGGUCAACAGAGCCAAGCGCCUCCGCCUUACUACGCGGAGAACAAAGCCCUCGAGCACAGCCUGGAUCACGCGUUGGCCAUGGAAGACUCGAAAACACCGGCGUACUCGCAGCCUGGAUACGGUUAUCAUCAACCGAACCACAAUAUCAAUGGCGUCAACAUGGGUUACAUGGACAACAGUUACUCGAACUCCAAUAACGGAGGCUCGGUUAACUCGCAAGACUCUAUCUGGCAGAUGAAGUCAGCAGCGGCGAACGGGGUUGGCCAACCUUACGAUCUGGCUGGCUACGCAACCACCGAGUCGGAUUACCCGACCCACCCUCAUUACCUCCCACAGAGGGAGGAUUACCGGGAAAGCCAUAAUCUAAGUCGACAGCAGUUUUGCUCGGAACCAUUCGCCACUGUCGUAAAGUCUCAAAAACACGUCGAUUCGCCGUACGACGUGUCCGGUCUACCUUAUCAGGAGAACUACGACGAGGACGCGAAGCCACCUCAGCAGGUCAGCUUGUCGUACGACGAGAGCCUCGAAUCGGGCUACUCGACCCCGAACAGCCGUGGACGAAGGAUCAUCCGGGAGAUAAUCGUUUGAGAUCUACCUACCGGCUCGCGAGCCGGAACCACA